AUAAGCGACCUUGUCUAGUCCUUCAGCAACGUACCUAAAUAUAUUUUAUGUCACGCAAUGCUCAAAGAGUGCGUGAUGAAUAAUUAAUGACUAGCGAUAUACCUGGUUGCGUCAGUCAAAUCAAAUCCUAAUCACCUAGGAGCGGGAAGACUGCUUUCUUUUGUUCUUUUUAUUAUGUUUAAUACGGCUUUUCAUUCCUCGUACGGAAAAUAUGCAUAAGAGAAACGUACUCUCUGGGGCUUUUGCCCUACCGGGAUUAGCAAAGGAUUCCCAAAAAUCGACCCCAAGGGAUAGAAUUUCACGAAAACGACAAGAUAUCGAUCAGUAUGCAGUUGAGAUAGAAACGCCAAAAACUGCGAAAGCUUUUGCCAAAGGUACUACAAAAACAAAACAGACAGAGGACGACUCGUCGUGUCUUGUAGAUCGAAGAGGGGAGUUUUUACCUCAGCCAAAUAAUGGGAGACUGAAACAUUUAACCAAGUCUCGACCAAAAAGCCCUGCUCGUCGGCCUGGCAAUAACACAAGAAGAAAUAGGUCUCGGAGCCCCGAUCUUCGCCGAGAUUCUUUCGACUAUACUUUGGGAUUAAACAAUAAUACAGAAUCUGAGACUACAUAUGGUAAACAAGCGACUGGAGAAGCUGAGAAAAAAUACUCAAAUUCUUUAAACAAAAAUUCGAAUUAUGCUUCACGGAAAAGCAACGUAACAAAACAAGUAGUCGUCAAGGAUUUGAAUUUAUCUGCAAAUACGAUGGCAAGUAAUGGUGCCGUAAGCUCUGGAUUCGAUGUUUACUCCAAGGAAAGAGUGUCMUCGAAUAUUUAUAAUAGAAAAGACUAUGAUUCGGAAUCGUCGCAACAGGAAUUUAAUUCUUAUUCUGAUGAGGAUUUAGGUGACAUGUUAAUCGGUGAUUAUGUUGAUUCUGAUGAAUCAGUCAGUGACAAUAUCAAACCGCCGUUACCCUGCACUCCUCCACCUUUGGACGAAGAAAUUGUAACACAAAACGAGAAGGAUAAUUCAUUUUCGGGAACUAGAUCUCCAAAAGUGGAAUCUUAUAAGGCUCUUGUAGACAAGACAAAUUCAUCAGACAACAUAAAAGAGGAUAUCAGCAAAAACAUCCGAAGUAAUUAUAGCUGUAACGAUACAAAUAACGCCAAUAAUGACAUGCAUCAAUCCAAAACAUCAAGUAUAAAUGACAGUUCUAUUAUGUCUAAAAGCAACACAACUUUAUUGUCUGGACAAAGCGGUAGUACGAACUCUACAGUAAUGCAAUCCAUCAGCCAAUCUUCUCAUAGACGUCGUCGUUUCAAACCAGUAUCAGUGGAUGAUGUGAUUACAGAAUCAGAUACUCUUUUAAAAACAGUUAGCUUUAGAACUGACAGUAAUGACAGUGAAAAAGCAAAUAGAACGUUCCCAGGAAAUUACUCCGAGAUAUUGUCCUUUGAAUCUGGGAGUAGCAGCAGCAGUGGUUAUAAGAGAGAGAUUGAUUGGGGUCUUGGAACAGGGCCUCUCAAUACAAGUUUAAGCGAGUCUACCUUAAAACGUGGAACAAUAUUUGAAAAGUUUUUGAAGAAAAAAGAAAGGGAACCUGAUGAACACCAAAGUAAACAAGGAGUAGACAGUUCUGCAAAAGGACCUUUUGUCACUACCGAAGUGGAUGGAAAACUGGGCUUAAACAGUGAUAACAUGCUGUCAAAUAAUUUAAGUGUCUCUUUAAAGAGAAGUGAUGGGAGGGCUAUCGCAAAGGUUCAGGAAAAUAAUUCAUAUAUCAGAACUGAAGAAAAUAAUUCUUAUACUAAUUCAGGGAAACAAAUGAUAAACAAGCAAAAUUAUGAUGAAAAUAACGAGAAUGAAAGUACUUAUGAUACUGAUGGUUAUGUAACCAAUAUUAUUGAUUAUGCAGAUGAUGUUGAUGAUGAUAUCAAUGGUGAUGAUGAAGAUGACAAUCACCAUUCUCAUAUCAUCAAAGGCACUACAGAUCAUCUUAUGUUAGAUAGUUGCCAAGUGCAAAGCCAUUUUGAUAAUGACAAAGAUAGUAGUGCAAAUACUAGUGAUGUGGGGUCUGUCUCAAGUGCUUCUAUUGAAGAUGGAGAAGAUAUGACAGAUACUUUUGAUUACACUACUGAAAGAAGACAUUUUAAUGGUGUAUGUAGUCCAGGUGAAAUAUUACUUGACAAAGAAAGCCAUGAUAAUAAUAGUUUACAUACAACUCAAGGACUUUAUGUUCCUCCAAGGUGGGCUGAGAAUGAAGAUAUUACAGAAUAUUCACCUGAAAGAGUGAACAGGGAUAGAAAUGAUAGUGAUGAUGAUGAUGAAGGUAGAGAUGAGAAAUUAGAAACUGAAGAUCUUCAAGAUGAUGUGGACAAUAUGUACUCUGACAAUGAGGAUUAUGUUCAAAAUGCUGGCAAUGAAUCUUUAAAUUAUUUGAAUCAAGAUCUAGAUCAAGAUGAUGUUAUCUAUCCACCUCAUUUGUUUAAUGAGGAACAUGAAACCACUAAUGAUGAAGAUGAGGAUUUGUAUGAGCCCCCUCCAAUGUUUGCAAGUGACGAGGAGAAUGAUGAACUAGACUUUGAUAGUAUUCCACCACCUCUCACAAUGUCACCACUAAUGCCUACGCCAAGUAAAAAAGUUAUGCCUUUUCACAAGAUUCCUUUGGUUGACUGGACCGAAGACGAUGCCUUACACUGGCUACAGCACGUUGGACUCGGGCACUUCAAAGAACAAUUCAAAGCUCACCAUGUGGAUGGAAAGACGCUUAAAAAUAUCAAUUUUCAGUUAUUAGAGGAAAUCGGUAUCAGUGCUCCAGACGAAAGAGAGCUUGUCUUAUCUGAGAUUUACGAACUUGAUAACCCUAGUGAAGAAGAACAUUUAGAAGCUGAAAUCCAAGACGCUCUUGAAACAGCUUCCGAGCAAGAUAAAGAGAAGAUUCUUGCUGUCCUGACGGCCCUGCGAUCCCCAACCCUCAACCACUCGAUGGAAUUUCCAAAGCAGCAGUCACCACAGGAGUCAGGAUCUCCAAUGGACAGUGAUCCGGGAUACCACAUGUCGUCAGAUGCUACUUCAUUAGCAAGCAGUGUUACAGCCAGUGAUGAGCAUACUCGUACAAAUGUCACACCUAGUCAUUCCCAACAUUCUGAUUUGCAUUCUGCCUCGGGUUAUGGACAGGGCCAGGAGGAUACUAGAAAGGAGGGCCAAAAGGAAGCCGUACAACACAAGAAGACGAAGGAAAAGAAGAAGAAAAAAAGUAAAACCAACAAAAAAGAAAAGAAAAGCAUCUCUAAAUUCUGGGAUUCCCUAUCAAUCAGCCACAAGUCUUCUAAACUAACCAAGCUCUUCGGCUCUAAAAAGUUGAACCCUGCCAUGCAAUACUUACUGCAAUCUGGUCCACAAGGCAUUGUCCGAGUGUAUCCAACAGCUUUAUCUGGACAGACCAAAUAUUGUAGUUUUAUGGUAUCCAUGACGACCACUAGUGCCCAGGUCGUGCGCAUGGUUCUUGAUAAGUAUGACGUGGUUGCAGAUCCCCUGCGUUACUACUUGUGUGAAAUAGGGCUCGGUAAGGGAGGCGUAAAUCAAGUCCUGGAAGAAGGAGGCUGUCCCCUGACGUGGCAGUGUCGUUGGAACGACCCUGAAAAAUUCCGCUUUGAGAUGCGAAGUCGCGAUGAAGGCUCUGUCAGGAUGUUGUUUGAAAUGGAAGAAUACAAGGGCGACCUAGAUUACCGAUCAAUUGCCGUUUCCUCUAGAACACCAUGUAAAGAUGUCUUACCGCUGAUUAUCAAAAAGUACGAUCUGCCUGGUAAUGUAGAGGAUUACCAGUUGAUGGAGGUGUCUGAAGACAAUGAAGACGACAGACGCGUGGUGACUGAUCACGUGUGUCCACUAAGACUUCAAAUGGCCUGGAACGAGCCAGAUCAUGUGUUUCGAUUGGUUAGAAAGCACGUGACGCCUGUAACAAGUGCUCAUUCUUAUGUGGAAGACCAAGAAGAAACGCAGGAACAUCCAUCCCCUUCCUUGCCGCGAACAAACUCCAAUGCAUCGUCACUCAGAGAAAACUACUAUGAAACGGACUCAACUGACCACCAAGACAAUACCAGCGAGGAAGCUUUACCAGCAAUCAACCAAGAACUAGAGGAAGUCGUCAUGGAGGUACAAGACAAGAUCUCGGGGCAGCUUACACCUCAUGGGAACGUGUCUAGGACUAGAGGACAUUCUAAUACAGUGGACGCACAGGUGGAAGAACUCAAAAGAAAGGAUGCUGAAUUACAACUAAAAGAAAAGGAAAUACAAGAUCUUAAGAGAGAAAGAGAUGAACUGUUGGAAAAAGAAAACGAGUUGUUGGUUUGGAGGCUUAGGAAUAACGAACUGGUUGAGCGGGAAGAAGAGGUUGAAAAACUACAGAUGAGUUUUGCUGAAAAAGAAAACCAAGAACUACUAAAAAAAGAAAGUGAAUUAAACGAUUCAAGGUCUCAGUGUACACAAUUGUUGGUAAGAAAAAAGGAAAUGGAAGAAGUGGAACAACAGCAACAAGAAGAAUUGGAGGAAUUGCGGCAAAGGGUAAGGGAAGGAAAUGAGGAAUUACAAUUGAGAGAUCGUGAGAUAGAAAAAUUAUAUGCAAGGAAUAAUGAACUAGUUGGAAGAGAAAAAGAACUCGAAGAAAACAUGAAAGAUUUCAUGAAGCUUAAAAUGGAGUUGGAAAACAAAAAUGAAAGUAGUACAUCUUUGUCGAAGCAGGAGGAACUCGAGAACAAGAUCAAAGACUUGCUCCUCGUGAACGAAUCUUUACAAAACCAACUUGACGAGGCAAUGAAUGAGAGACUGACAGAAGAAAAAAACACCAAAGAAACGUUACAACUGCAAGAACGACUCGUAAAGGCUGAGAGCGAGAAAAAAGAACUGCAACAAAAACUCGAAGAGUUGCAGCGCAGAAAUCUUUUACUGGAACGAGGUGCCAAACUAAUUGAUUCCAUGAGAGAAGAAAACAAAGCACUUGUAGCAAAAGCUAAAGAAAUGGAUGAAAUGAAAAGGAAUAUAAUCCGGCUAACUUCACGGCUAAGGGAAGCUGAUAACUUAAGACUGAAUCAAGGUGAACUUGACGACAUGAAGCUUAGGAUAAGUAUCUGUGAGGCUGAGAAACAACAACUGCAGUCAAGAGUGGAAGAAGUCGAGCGGCAGAACGGUAACCUACGGGAAGAUCUACGGGAAGCUGAUCAACUGAGAAAAGAAAAUAGAUCUCUUAGAGAAAAGGUGAACGAAUUGGAAGACGUUCGCACGCAUGUGAAAACAUUGAGGAAAGAGAUACAAGAGGGAGAGGUGCUUCGAGAAAACUUAUUGAAGGUUCAAGGGACUGAAAAGUCACUGACAAAAGAGCUUAAAUCUAAAGAAGCAUUGUUAAAACAGAAAGAAGAAAAAUGUGAGCAGCAAGAGAAAAAGAUUAGACACAUGACUGAUGCCAUGAAGAAAAUGGAAACAAAAUUCCAAGAACAAGAUCAACAACGCGAGACUUUGAGUCGAUUGCUGAAUAUUAUCAAAGAAACAGAUCCUGGUCUUCUUAAAACUCUGCACAAAUCUCUACACACAAGUGAUACACAACCACAGCAGCAGCCAGGGGAAGGGGAACAAGACGAAGAAGACGAAGAAGACGAAGAAUGGUGCUAAAGGAACAACUAGAAUCCCCUAGAACUACUUAACAUGUUUAUUGGUUCUGGUCACAGAUUGAUGCAUCAUGGAUAAUCGUAUCAAAAAAAUCCAAGCUGGCGGAGGGUCCGCCAUCUUGGAUUUUUUAAAUCCUGAUUGCCCUUUGAUCCAUCAUUUCCCUCAAAAAAACUCAACAUGCUUUUACCAUAUUUUGAUGAUAUUUUAGGAAACAAGUUUAUGAAUGCAUUAUUAAAACACUGUUUGACUCACAUUUUGGAAACUAUUAGUGCACAUAUAUUUUAGAUAAAAACUAACGGUAUCAAAGAACUCAAAUUGUAAAUUUUAAUAAAGAAUAUAAUUUUUAUUGAUUUUUAUAAUAAUUCAGUGAAGAU